AUGGAGGGUGAACAAUUAGUUAAAUUCGGAGCAUUUGGUGUUGCGACGUUAGUUUCAUAUCACCGGAAGUGGGAUGAAGGAACCCACAACACCAUAAGAGAAAUAUCUGUAGCAGCAGGACCGGAAAUUCAUUCCAUCCAGAUUGUCUAUGAUAGUGAAGGAAAUGCAGUAGUGGGAAAAAGCGUGGUGGCGGCGAGGGACACCAUAUGCGGGUACUAUGGGAUCCACUCCGCAAAUAAAACAAGCAUUAUUGUGAAAUCUCUUUCAUUUCAAAGCAAUAAACAUAAAUUUGGACCAUAUGGUAAGGAAGAAGGAACUUAUUUUAUAACCCCAUUAACUGUUGACAAGAUUGUUGGAUUCUUUGGUGUGCAUGCUAAUUGUUUGGAUUCAAUUGGAGUAUAUGUUAAGCCAUUAAAAGUUGCAGUAACUGUUGGUCCAUUUGGAACUACUGGUGGACAACAAUGGGAUGAUAGAACCUACAGCGCGAGAGAUAUUACAGAGGAGAGGAAAGAAAAUUGGAAGAUACAUUGA